AUGCAAAAUCCUACUGAUUAUCACUAUCGUGCUGUUCAACACAUUCUCAGGUACAUCAAAUCCGAGCCAUCUCAAGGAUUAUUCUUUCCCACAGACUCUCAUAUGCAACUAAAAGGCUUCAGUGACUCUGAUUGGGCCACUUGUCCCAACACUCAAAGAUCCACCACAGGCUUCUGUGUUUUUCUUGGAUCGUCUCUCAUCUCCUGGAAAUCUAAGAAGCAAAAGACGGUCUCCAGAUCUUCCACAGAAGCUGAGUACCGCGCUCUUGCUACCACUGUAUGUGAAAUACAGUGGCUUCGUUAUCUCCUACAGGACCUUCAAAUUGAAGAAUCCGGAACUCCUGUUUUGUACUGCGAUAACAGGUCUGCGAGACAUAUUGCUCACAACCAGAGUUUUCACGAACGCACCAAGCAUAUUGAGCUUGACUGCCAUGUCGUUCGUGAGAAGAUUCAAGAAGGUCUUCUUCAUCUUGUUCCCGUUCGAUCCGACGAGCAAUUGGCCGACCUCUUCACUAAGUUCCCACACCGUGUCAGAUUCAGAACCAUUGUUCCCAAGCUUGGACUGGUGAGUAUACACCGUCCAGCUUGA